CUCGUCACCGGCGGCCGUUUGUUCAGAGCGAGUCCAGAGCAGAAGGAGAGUGGACGUGCUUCUCCUGCUGAGAGGGAUCCGACUACGACCAGCAGCCCCACAAGCCGUGCCUGUAGCCGCGUUGCGUUUUUUCUUUAACACGAAACAACCCACUCUGAAUUCGCAUUAAAUAUGUCUAAUAUCGUUUGUUGUCAAACGCCUCAGGUUAUAAUGUAUGACCAACAGAGAAUAAGUACAGCUCUAUAGCCAACGGGAUCCCGAGGACUUGAUUACAGUCGCUUCAAGCCUGAUAGUUUGUCCUUGCGGCUGCUCCCCCUCUCCCUUCUUCUCACGCCCCUGAAGUCGACUGGCAUUUCUUCUGACAACUUCCUGUCCCUCUCCUUGGGUGAAGAAGUCUCAGUUCCACUGUGAUCUCAGUCUGCUUUGCCUAUUGCCCACAUUUGGUUCCUGUUCUACUCUAAGCAGUGGUGCCUCCCGGAUUUGCAUUAUUCUCUAUUAGGAACACCAUUCAAAUUCACCAAGAUGAUUCCAAACGGUUAUUUGAUCUUUGAGGAUGAAAGUUUCCUGGAUUCUACCGUGGCCAAAAUGAACGCUCUGAGAAAGAGCGGUCAGUUCUGCGAUGUUAGGCUGCAGGUGUGUGGUCAUGAGCUGAUGGCUCACCGUGCGGUUCUGGCUUGCUGUAGUCCCUACUUGUUUGAGAUCUUCAACAGUGACCUUGAGCCUCAUGGAGUCUCACAUGUCACUUUUGAAGACUUGGACCCAGAAGCUGUGGAGAUCUUGCUUAACUAUGCCUACACUGCCCAGCUGAAGGCAGACAAAGAGCUGGUCAAGGAAGUUUACUCUGCAGCCAGAAGGUUCAAGAUGGAGCGAGUCAAACAGAUUUGUGGGGACUACCUGCUGUCUAAAAUGGAUUCCCAGAAUGCCAUCUCCUUUCGAAACUUCGCCAGCUCCAUGGGAGACGGCAGAGUUUUGGCCAAGGUGGACGCCUUCAUCCAAGACCAUCUACUGGAAGUGUCUGAACAGGAAGACUUCCUUAAACUUCCCCGCCUCAAGUUAGAAGUAAUGCUAGAAGACAACCUGACCCUGCCCAGCAAUGGCAAGCUCUACUCUAAGGUGCUCAACUGGGUGCAGCGUAGCCUUUGGGAGAAUGGUGACCAACUGGGACGUUUGAUGGAGGAGGUGCAAACGCUGUACUACUCACCUGACCACAAGCUGGUGGAUGGAGGGCUGGUGAUUGAGGGGCACAGUGAGGUGUUUGGUGGCGAGGAGGACCACCUUCAGUUUGUGCAGAAGAAACCGGUUCGGGAGAGCAGCCAGAGACAGAUGAGCUGCAGCUCUUCAGGAAGCCUGUCACCCUCCAACCAAGCAGCAAAUGCCCCAAAGCAGACCGCCAGGAGAGAGUGGAAGUACAUCGCCUCCGAGAAGACCACAAACAACACCUACUUGUGUCUGGCUGUGCUGGACAGUGUGCUGUGUGUGAUCUUCCUGCACGGUCGCAGCAGCCCUCAGACAUCGCCUUCUGCCACACCCUGUUUGAUGAAGAGCCUCAGCUUCGAGGCCCAGCCUGAAGAGCUUGAAGAGCACCCGCUGUCACCCAUGCAUUACGCUCGCUCUGGCCUGGGCACCGCAGGCCUGAACGGCAGACUCAUCGCAGCAGGAGGUUACAACAGAGAGGAAUGUCUGAGGACUGUGGAGUGUUACGACCCCAAAGAGGACCGCUGGACCUUCAUCGCACCCAUGCGGACUCCGAGGGCUCGAUUCCAGAUGGCCGUGCUCAUGGGCCAGCUGUAUGUGAUUGGAGGUUCAAACGGACAUUCUGACGAGCUGAGUUGCGGGGAGACGUACGACCCACAUGCUGAUGAGUGGGCUCAAGUGCCAGAGCUGAGGACAAACCGCUGCAAUGCAGGUGUCUGCUCCUUGAACAACAAACUUUACGUUGUGGGAGGGUCGGACCCCUGCGGGCAGAAGGGCCUGAAGAACUGUGAUGCUUUUGACCCUGUCACCAAAACCUGGUCCAACUGUGCCUCCCUUAACAUCAGGCGGCACCAGGCAGCAGUGUGUGAGUUGGAUGGCUUCAUGUACGUGAUAGGAGGGGCAGAGUCGUGGAACUGCCUGAACACUGUGGAACGCUACAACCCUGAGAACAACACCUGGACUCUGAUCGCCCCCAUGAACGUGGCUCGCAGGGGGGCCGGCGUUGCUGUCCAUGCAGGCAAACUGUUUGUUGUCGGCGGCUUCGAUGGCUCCCACGCUCUCCGCUGCGUGGAGGCGUACGACCCCGCCCGCAACGAGUGGAGGAUGCUGGGAAGCAUGACAUCAUCUCGCAGCAAUGCGGGCGUGGCCAUGCUGGGAGAAACCAUCUACGCCGUGGGGGGCUUCGACGGAAACGAGUUCCUCAACACCGUGGAGGUUUACAACCCCGAGACAGACGAGUGGAACGACUGCACCAAGGCCCUAUCUCCCCUCUCUGACUGAAGAAGGGGGAGACGGGGGAGGGCAGGGGACGGGGUUGGGGAGUCUCACAGUGCUUCACCUUUUUCCAAACUAACAGGCUUAGUGACGUAAUCGUGUUUCGUGAUGUUCUCUGUGUGUGUGUGUGUGUGUGUGUGUGUGUGUGAGCGGAUAUGUGUGGGUGGGGACGGGGGACGUCGGGGUGAGGGGUCUUCAGUGAAGACUGGCUUAUAUUUGGCGAGUGGGACGGGAGGGGAGGGUUGUUGCCCAGAGCAACAUGACGCCUUUGCAUAUUGCAUAAAAUGUUUUUCGUGCUGUACAUAUUUUUUCUUCCUCAUUUUUUGUCAUAUGCCAACAUUUACUACACAUUUAGUGCUUUUCUUUUUCUCUUAGAGUUUAAAGGUUUGUCACUUUGAGGGUUUUCAGAUGAGCUUUCUACUAUUGGUCACAUGGAAGGUGGCUGUAUGGAGUGGUGACGACUGAAUUUUGGAAGUUUCAAGUUUAUUUAAGAAUAUUUCUGUUGUGGAAAUGUAAUUUUGCUCACAUAUUUAAAGGUCAGCGGUUGAAGCCUUACUCAGAGUGCGAGUUAAUAAACUCCUGUUCAUGGCUUUUUGUGUCAUUUUAAACAAGCUGGAUUGCUUUUUGAAUCUUAAAUGAUGGCCUUUUUUAUAUUUUUUAUACACUGAUUUACCAGUAAAAUAAAAGUAGUAGCAGACAGCUCAAGUCAAUGAAUCUAACCAGUGCCAGAUUUAGUUUUUUUUUUUCGUGCACACACCACACACGCACAACCAUGCUUCUGCUAACCAAACUUUUGUUGUUGUGAUUUAACUAAUUGAUGUAUGUAGAAAUGCAGUUUACUGAAAAUCCUUUUUUUUUUCUUUUUUGUGUUUUUAAAGUGUCAGGCAUUGGCAGAUUCUUCUGGAAGAAAUGUUAGAGCGAGAAUUAUCAGAUUUGUAACAUUUCUUAAUUAAUAAAUCAUUUAAAUCUGA